AUGGAACAUUAUUCCUCACUAUUCAAUUUAAAAUCUAUUGAAAAUGUUUCAGAAAAUAUGCUAGAUAGAAUAUUAGAAAUUAAUGUAAAAUCCGAAACAUUUUCUGAAACAAAUGUAUGUGAACAAAAUAACCAAAAUAAUUUAUCAUUGGAUUUUUUGAAAGAUUUUUCAUUGAGUUCCUCAAAAUCAAUAUCCGGUACAGUUCCAUUUAAUAAUAAGUUGCCCGUUUUUUCAAAUACCAUAUCAUUUGGGAGUACUUCAAGUUCACAACAACAACAAGAUGCUGAUAAUGGAAUUUCUCCUAAUAUACAAAUAUCACCAUCUUAUAACUGCUUACAAGAAAGUGAAAAUAAUUAUGUUUUAAAUAGUUCUGAAGAAGCAUAUAAUGAACAUUUUAGAAAUAUAUUUGCAGAAAAUGGUCAACAACUUAAUUUGACAUCAACACCAAAUCUACAUUCAUCUAAUAAUUUAAAUCAACUUUAUGGAGUACAUACUUGCUUACCAUCGAAUAAUACCGGGAUUCCUAAUUCUAUAGUAAAUCUUUACAAAUCAAUUAAAUAUUUAUAUUCAGAUUUUUCAUUUGUUUACGCUUUAUCUGCUCAAAUGUGUCAAGAUAUUGUUCCAAUGAACUCCUUUAUUAUUCUUAAAAUUGCUCUCAUUCUUAGUUUAGCUUCUACCAAUGAUAUUAUUGAAGAUAGUUCAAUGCCUAUUCCAAUAAUUGCAAUUGGAAAAGAAACUUCGAUUAUUAAUGAAAUUAUGAUAAAAUUUAGAAAUGUAAGCAAACGUUUUAUUAAUGGUUUUCAAGCCAAUACUUCAUUCGUGGGAAUUGAAUUUCUUAAAAAUAAUAAUAUGAUAGAAGGUGGUUUAAUGUUUUUAGCACGAGGUGGUGUAUUAUAUUUUGGAAAUUGGUCUGGUGUAAAAAGUUUUAAUGAAGGGAAAGUAUCUAAAAUAAUUGAAUAUGGUAAAACGAAUUUAGAAUUUUCGAAUAAACAACACAGAAUUCAUUGCGCUGUAUGGUCCUAUUGGAUUGGAGAACCAAAGAAAUGCAAAGAAAAUAUGAAAUUAAUUAAAUUUUUAGAGAUAUUUGGAAUACCAAUAAUUGUAGAUGAUAAUGAAUCAUCGAUUUUAUGCAAUUUUAUACUUGAAAAAGCUCUUGGCAAAGUACAAAAUAAAUAUGAGGAUGAAUUAUCUUUAUCCGAAAAUGAUAUUAAAUUAUUUUUAACAAUAGUAUCUAGACGAUCGGUUAUAAUGUCGAGUGAAGCUAGUAACUUACUACAAAAAUAUUUCGUUAUUUGUAGAAAAGAAAGACCAGGAUAUCUAACUCAACGAGCUUUUACAACUUUAUAUCAAUUUUCAGAAUCUUUUGCAAAAUUAAGUUUACGAUACGAAGUUUUGAAAAUAGAUGUAAUCGGAGCAAUAUUUAUUGCAGAAAAUUCAUUGAAUAGAAUUAUUGGACCAGGAUUUCGAAAAUUUUUUCCACCUGAAUUUCAACCAGCGAAUAAUAUCAUUGAAAAUACAGAAAUAUAUAUUCGAAAUUUUGAAUUGUGGUUAGAUAAUUACAUUCAACGUAUUUUAUGA